ACUGGCCAAUAAGAAUCAAGCUCUUAUCUGGAUUUCCUGGAAUUUAGCGCUCUUAUCUUGGGGCCCGGGGGCGGGCAGGGGACGAGGUACACAAUCCCGAAUCCAGAAAUUGUGACGCAGUAUCAAUUUUUCGAGAUUCUCUUCUGUAAAUCCACUCUUUUUCCCUUGCAUGUAGCUUUUUUUGUGGAUGUGUUGUCCUUCGUCGCUAAACUUGAGUGCAGUUGAGUUGGAAAACGUGAGCUAGCUGAGCUGAACCAGCCUGAGCUGAACCAGCCUGAGAGCGUGUGGCGGACGCGCCCCGUGCACAAUAUCUGUACAGACACUGCUGCAGAGUCAGUGCAGAAAUGGAUGUUGGCAAGUUCAUUGAUAUCCAGCCUCAAGGCAUCGAGCCGUAUCCAAGGAGUGGACAUUGCUGUGCAACAGACGGUAACAAUUUGUAUGUGUAUGGAGGAUACCAUCCUGAAUAUCACAAGAGUGGAACUGGGCCAGGUGAUGAAGAUGUCAUCAUUGAAAACCAAAUUUUUACUGAGAUGUGGUGCUUUAACCUGAGCACAGAGACCUGGCGUGAAGUGAGCACGGUCGGAGAAAAGCCGACUGCAUCCGCGUCGAUGUCAAUGCUUUUUCGUACAGUGAUAUUGGAUACCUGUGGCCACAUGCUGUUGUUGUAUGGAGGUACCGGUCACCCAUGGGGUAGGAACAUCAACGGUGACCUGAUUGCCUUCAUAUUGAGUGAGAGGAGAUGGAAACCGUUACAGUGCACCGGUGAUUGCCCCGUACCAAAAUAUGGACAGGCCAUGGUUGUCAGCCAGGGCCGUCUCUAUUGCUUCGGUGGCUGCCGAUGGCUUCCCGACGUUGAACGUUUCUUGUUCAACUCUGAGCUGCACUGUCUGGACAUCAAGGAGCAGACCUGGUCAUUCCUGUACGCCGAUCCUCAAAACAGAUCCCGGAUAAUGUACAAGCACGGCUUGGCGGUGUAUGAGAAUAAACUCUACGUUGUCGGUAGCAGCUAUGGAGACUUGUACUCUUUAACUCACCAAGAAAAGCUCCAUGUGUUUGAUUUGGACACCAAAGAGUGGACAAUAGAGGACGCAGUGCGUUGUCCCAAACAUGGCUACCCAAGGCAGAGGAAAUACCACGGCUGUGCACAGUGGAAAAACGAGGUCUACAUGUGCGGUGGCCACAACAACAGAGUAGUAUUGCGAGACGUUUGGAAGCUUGAGCUACCCAGCUUGCAAUGGACUCGCUUGCCUACAGACAUGCCAGUCAAUACGUUCUUCCACACUGCGGCUAUAACACCCAGUAAGUGCCUGUACACAUUUGGAGGAAUCACUGAUCUGGAGGACCGCCCUCGGACCAACGCCAUCUUCAGACUGUGGCUCGCUAUUCCGCCUCUCCUGGACCUGGCCCUGAAAAAGGUCCUGACUCUCCUACCGGACAGAAACGCUGAAACUAUCGCGAGGCUUCGUGACCUGGGGGUGCCCUCACAUGUGAUGGACAAAGUGAUACUCAUGGAAUGAUCCCGCAGCACAAAUUCUGAAAAUUUCUUUCAACUUGAGGCCUAACCAAAUAUUGCUCCCACCCUUGGUGAAUGGUGUGCUAUUGAAUAUUGCAGAAAAAUUUUCACAACAGUAGAUAUAAAUGCUUGUCUGAU